AUGUAUCACUGGCACGAGUCUAGCUGUAGACGACCCGAUAUCUCGCUGGUAGACAGCAUACCAUAUUGUAACAAUUGUUCUUCUCUUCCAUCUCUUGAUGAGACAAAAGAAGUCGAACCGUUGUGUAUUCCGUCGUACGGCCGGGAUUUCUUAGACCUCACAUGGCCGGCUACUGUUACCUACAGCCAUGGAAAUGAUGAAGGCAGUCCUUCGACAAUAGGCAAUCAAUCCUCUAGUGAAACGGGAAGAACUUCAUUCAAGGCUCAAACUGGGGAGUUAGACGUUCCAGAUAUUCAGUCUCCGAGUGGCUUCCGUUUAAUUCGAUUAAAGCACGGUGUCACCCAAAGCCCUAUCCACAUCGAAUAUGUGAACACAUACUUGGAGGAUGUUUUCAUUCCGCCCUUUGAGAUCUUAUCGUAUACUCUAGAGGAAAACAACUCCCAAAACCCAACAGUCUCUUCAACCCAGUGCUAUCCGAUAUUUUUCGACUCAUACUGGGAUGCUGGCUAUGUAGCCCGUGAAUGCGAAUGCGCCCUACGUGCUGCGCGAAAAGAAAAGGCCGAUCGACUGCUGUGGGUUUACUCUUUAUGCAUUAAUCAAAAUAACAUCCACGAAAAAAACCAGCAAACUGGUCUUAUCAACAAGGUCCUCGCCAAAGCGUCCAAAAUAAUAGCCUUCGUGGGAGAAACAUCUCCUGAUAGCGACAUAGCUUUGAACUUUUUCAAAGAUGCGGGCGAAUGCCAACUAGUCAGUAGAGAAGUCAUGGCAAGCUUACAAUCCUUUUUUAGUCGGCCUCUAUUUUCCGACCUUUGCGCUAUUCUAGAAAUUAUUUUAUCCCGCGGCAUAGAGAUUCUUUGUGGCUCGAGGUCAUUCUCAUGGUCAAAGACAUUAUCUUCUGCAGUCCUCUCCAAAAUUGAUGGACCACAGUGGCUAUCGAAGGAUCGCUCAUGGUACGGACUUACCAGUGAGAAAGACUUGUUGCGUCUCCUCAUAAAAGCGUCGCCCUAUACCUGCUCAGACCCGCGCGACAAAGUACUGAGGGUUUUGAACCUCCUCUAUGAGAAUAAUGUAAACGCGGACUACCGACUGUCCGUGGAAAGUGUUUAUACCGGGAUCACAGCAUAUGUCAUCAAAAAAUGCAAUGCCAUGGAUGUACUUGCCUUGGUUGGAACCACUGAUAAGCAAUUUGAUCUACCCUCUUGGGUUCCGGAUUGGUCUCAGGAAUUAGCCCUUCCUUUUACAAAGAUACAAUAUCACACCCGGGAGGACGAUGGGACUGAUGAUUAUGAGACUCCUUUCGAAGACCACAGAAUAAAUUCCUCCACCCUUGUAUCUUUCAACGAUUUAGUGAAGACGGAACGCGACAUAUCAAUUGACGCUGAUACUGGGUGCAUGAAGAUCGACGCAAUCAAAAUCUGUGAUAUCAACCCUAGAGAGAUCAUGCGGGCUAAGGAAAUCGCAUAUCUCAUUCAGGAUAUGGGCAGACAGGGCAUAUUUAUUAUUAGUAUACCCAAUAGAGACUUUGAAGCUGAAGCAUCAGAUUCUCUCUUCUUACUGUCUGGAUGGAAUCACCCUGUCAUACUAAGGAAGGCGACCUCGCAGUCUUAUAUGUUUGUGUGUGUUUGCUCCUUAUCCUAUAACCGUCCUACUGGCCCAGAACGGUGGCUGGUACGGUGGUAUCACCGAGACCUGUAUUCUGAGAUCAGAAUAUCUCAACUUUCUGUGACACAGAGUACCCAUAUUUCCACUCUAUAUUCCACACUAGCAGACACAAUCCAGACGGCCAUGAACACAGCAUCUCUACCGAGAGAAGACAAUGCCGCUUUAUCAUUCUCUACCAAGAGAGAAAGAAUUUUCGGGUUCUUACUUUUCUCUCAAACACCGCUCCGGCCACUCGAAUCCCGUAUCCGAAACACAUGGCGUCAGCAAAAUGAAGACCUGAGGUGGAUGUUUCUGGACCAAGCUGCUGUUUUAGAAUUCAUUCGAUGUAUUGAGCAAGAAACCACAGCUGAACCUGAACCAGACGGUGGAAAUUCAAAUAUCGACACGCCAACAAUUCGUAGGCAAAGGUAUGAGCACGCAAUGGUUGACCAACACUACGGCGUUAAAUUCGAACUUCCGAAACGUUGUGAUCUACGUCAAUUCUGUCUCUCGUUUCUGCAAGAAACGCACUCGGAUUUACUGGCUGCUACCGCUCCCUCAAACGAUGAGGGAAAUAUGAUGGUAGAUGAUAGUUAUAUCCCAUCUCCAAUCCUCCCUCAACUACAUGAAAAAAGGGAAGAAAUUCAAAGCUGGGCUGAGACUACAGAACAAUUUCUGUAUAUACUUGAGUACACACAAGAGGUGUUUGCCUCAGUGUGGCCGACAUUUCCGGGAGCGCAGUUACGCCAGCGAUGGGUAGAUCAAGGCCUAGUUUGGAACUGGACUGAGUUUGAAGAUGUGCUUCGAGUGAGAGAGCAGUUGUGGAGUCACACUAUACCGGAUGAGUUGGAUGUUACUACGAACAGCAACUUGGCGGCACAUGUCGGACUCAACGUUCUAGGUGUGAAUUUAUGUGAUCAGGAGUCGAUCCAAAUUGACUAG